AUGAGUUGUACAAAUAAAUUUGGAGAUCCUAUUCAAGAAAAAGAAAUCAUCUGUAAUUCAGAAAUUUUUAAACAACAAGAAUGUACAAUUAAUAAAAAUUUAGGAUGUUUAAUUACUGAAAUGAAGCUAGAAAAGAAGAAUGGACUUUGUUUUGAAAUUAUUUAUAAAACUUGUGGAUUCAAUGAACCACAUGCUUCACAAUACAAAGGACCAUACACUGAAGUAAAAGAUACUGAUUAUGGUAAAGAAAUUUUAACCAAGACACGAUGUUUUACAAAUAAUUGUAAUAUUUGA